AUGCCACCUCGUCGUCGGCAACCCCCCAGGAGGGCAGCAAAGAGAGCUGCUAGCAACCCUCCAGAGGGAGAUGAGGCAGCACCUCCUAUACGAGUAGAGGAGCCCGCCUCAUCAACAGAGGAAGUUCAUUCUUCAACGUCCUCCUCGGGGCCCCAAAGGGCACCUACUGCGAAGGUACAGGAUACUGAUCAUACUCAUGAUGAGGCUAUCCAACCUCAUGUCAAUACUGAAGAUGAAGAUGAGGAUCUAACUCCUCUCCAAGUCGCUAAGGACAUCCUGUUAGAGCUUGAUAAGUGUCUGCAUGAGUCCGCUACACUGGCCAACGUCAAGCGGCUGUAUAAGCUACGGCAUCAUCUUAGGAAUAUUCAAUGGGAACUAGCAGAGACUACCCAGGUUGCGUAUGAUGCUGUAGAGCCUGCGAAUCAGGAGGAGAUAAUGGUCGUGAGGCAACUGUAUAAGAAACUAGAGAAGUGCAUCUGUGGGAGGAUUUUCCACAGGAAUGAUCACGGUAUAGCCUUUGUAGCUAGUGUAUUGACUAUGCACCCAGCCUUUAUUGUUGAUGCUUUUGCUGCUAUCAAAUUGUUCAUCCCACAACUACCUAGCUCUGUUCUCCUGGGUCUGUCAAAGGCCCUGUAUAGAGGUUGGAAGGAAUCCUCAGGAGCUAUGAAGAGGCAUAUAGAGCAGGCUAUACAGGCAUGGAUGGAUUAUUCACUUAAGGUUGAUCCUGUAUUAGCGAAGAAGGUGAUAGGAGAUCUCCUCCUUCAUCAUCGUGAUUAUAUGAAUAACAAGAUACGCAUCUUACUGAGCGAAUUUCAUCGUAAGGACAGACGGCCAACCGAGCUUGAGAAUCUACUUGUGGAGCUUUACCAGCCUAUACUAUGGAAGCAGCUUACAGUCACCAACUGGAAGAUCCGCCUUAAUGCUAUAGCUACUCUUGGGGAUGCAUUUCCUAUAUGCAACUCAACCUCUCAUGCCGAUAUGGAGCGGACAAUGGACAUGCAAAUUCGAGCUUUAGUCAGCGGUAUGACGGACAAGCACGACCAAGUACGCCGUAUAGCAGUUACUAAGGUCUGUGAAUCUCUGGCCAUACAGUGGAGCGUCAUAUCGACAGAUUACCGCUCUGUGUUACUUUAUAAUGUUAUUAAUAAAUGUGCUAAGGAUAAGAGGAGUGCAGCAGUGAGAAUGGCAGUAGUACAAGGGAUGAGGAGGAUAAUAAGAACCUGCGCCAUAUCUCAUCAAAUAAUGGGUCCAGUGUUACCCAAGAUCGGUGAGAUGAUAUACGAUCCCUCGCCUCAGGUUAGAUUAGAGUAUUGCAAGCUGCUGGGCGACGUUCAGAACGUCGAUGGUAUCAACAUCUCAGAAGUGGUAGAGGGUAAUCAAACACUAGCAAACCGUCUUGUGAUAGAGCAUGCGUACGCAAUGAGGAAGAAGGAGAAGUUUACUCAACAGGAUGUAAAGCAGGCUGAGCAGGAGAGGGAUGUACACACACAGAUAGCUUGUAGUCUAGGGGCAAUACUAGGCCAGAAUAUAUUCAGGGGCAUGGAUGUUAAGGCUCUCAAGCAAGUAGCCAAAGCUAACGUCAAUAUAUUCAUAGCGUUGAUGGCCAACUGUCGUGAGGCUGAAGGCGCUACACCUACUGCUAGGAUAAGGUUCGCAGCGGCCCUCUUCAAAUGUGAGCUUCCUUCUCCUCCUCUUGUGGUAUCAAUCACAUGCUACAAUUAA